ACUUAAUCAAAGAUGACAUUGAUUUUCAGUGAGGAUGCCACUGAAGGAUCUUUUCCGGGGCAAGAGUGCCUCCAAGUCCUUCCCGGUGAAGAUCCUGACUUUAGAUGCUGAGCUGGAAUUUAACUUGCCAUGGAAGGCAAAUGGACGUGACCUUUUUGACCUUGUUGGUCGAACAAUUGGAUUACGGGAGACGUGGUAUUUUGGCCUACAGUAUGAAGAUUCAAAGAAUUACAUAGCUUGGUUAAAAAUGGACAAGAGGGUUCAAGAUCAGGAUAUUCCAAAACAAUCACCUGUCCCAUUUUGGUUUUUAGCAAAAUUUUAUCCUGAAGAUGUUAGUGAAGAACUUGUGCAAGAAGUAACACAGCAUCUAUUCUUUUUACAAGUAAAGCAGUCAAUUCUCAAUAUGGACAUAUAUUGUCCCCCAGAAAUGUCGGUGCUAUUAGCGUCUUAUGCAGUCCAAGCAAAGUUUGGUGAUUAUGAUCAAGCAACUUAUCAAGCAGGAUCACUGUCCAUGGAAGAGCUUCUGCCUCAACGAGUUAUAAGCCAGUAUCAAAUGACUCCUGAGAUGUGGGAGGAACGUAUCAGAAUUUGGUAUGCUGAUCAUCGUGGGAUGACAAGGGAUGAAGCUGAAAUGGAGUAUCUUAAGAUUUCACAAGAUUUAGGAAUGUACGGCGUUAAUUAUUUUAAGAUUACAAACAAGAAACAGACGGAACUCUGGCUAGGUGUAACUGCUCUUGGACUAAACGUUUAUGAAAGUGAAAAUAAAUUGGAACCAAAGAUAAGUUUUCCUUGGUCAGAAAUCAGAAAUAUUAGUGUUGAUGAUAAAAAAUUCACCAUCAGGCCCACGGAUAAAACUGCUCCAAAUUUUGUAUUCUUUUCAAAAAAUAGUCGAAUGAAUAAACUGAUUUUAGAUCUGAGUAUAGGCAACCAUGAUUUAUUUAAGAGAAGAAGAAAACCAGAUUCAAUUGAAGUUCAGCAGAUGAAGGCAGCAGCCAGGGAGGAAAAAUUGAGAAGACAGAUAGAAAAAGAUAAGCUUUCACGGGAAAAGCAACUUAGAGAAGAAGCUGAGAGACAAAGGGCAGAACUUGAGCAGCGUUUACUGCAGUAUCAAGAGGAGAUGAGAGCAGCAAAUGAAGCAUUACGAAGAUCUGAGGAGACGGCAGAACUCUUGGUUGAGAAGUCGCGUAUUGCCGAGGAAGAAACAAUAUUGUUAACUCAAAAAGCCACAGAAGCAGAACAAGAAUGUCAGCGUGCUCAUUUGAUGUCUGCAAAAUCUCAAGAAGAGAAAUUAAUAUUAGAACAAAAGGUUAGGGAGGCAGAAUUGCUUGUUUCAACACUGGUAUCUGAAGGUGAGAGACGAGCAACUGAAGCAGACCGCCUUCAGCAGGAAUUGUUGCGGGCAAGAACUGCUGAAAAACAAGCCAAAGACAAACUAACUACUUUUGUUAAGAAUAUAAACUCUUCCUUUAGUCAUUCAGCUGCAAAUUCCUCUGUUCUUAAUGCAUCAGUCUUCAAUUCGUCAACGCACCUUCCUCCUCCACCUUACUCUCACAGCUUGACAAGAGGAAGCACUUGUGAUGUACCUGUUGGAUCUGCAGUUGACUUACCUGAUCUAACAUUAGAUAGUUCAGAAGUGCUCGUCUCAACCGAUGGAACUCACGAAUUAACAACAAUGGAACUUUUGAGUGAUACAGAUAUUGAGCAGUUAAGUUUAGAAAUUGAGAAAGAGAGAGGGGAAUACUUGGAAAGGUCAAGACAUCUUCAGCAACAACUGAGACAACUAAAAUCUGAAAUUGAGGUCUUGAAAGUGGAAGAAAACAAUUCUGUUUUAGACGAAGUAUAUCUUGAGCAGCUUAGAGCAGGGGAAACUAAAUAUUCUACGCUUCGUCGGACGCGAUCAGGAAAUACUCGUACCAGGGUGGCUUUCUUUGAAGAACUGUGAACCUUCUACAGCAUGAUACUUGCAGUUAGAACUUUUGUCUGCAUACUGAGUGACAUCAAUCCUUACGAUGGUAGUAAGUGAAACAGGAUUUAUGCAGUUGACAGGUAACCUCCAGGUAUUGGUGUGUUCAGCAACGUAUGCUUUGUAUGCAAGAACGUAUUGAUGUGUCUGCUUUGAAGGACUAAGUAUUUACAGAAAGCUUUGUUUUUUAUUAUUAUUAUUAUUAUAUAAAAGAGCUCUUAGAUUUGUUGUAAUUAAAAUAUUUGAAUGGUGAUGCACAUUUUCUUAGUGUUGAAAAAGUAAAACUUUUUAUACUUGUAGUCUGAAUUUUGUGUAUAUUGACGAAAGUUUUUAAUCAGUAUUUUUCAUUGUCACUUAUUUAACGACAUAAUUCAGUAUUACACAAUCCUCCCUGAAGUUUUAAAGGUAGAUGACUUUUAUCAUAGGUAAUGUGAGAAGAUAAACUCAUUAAGGUAAGUAAUUAGAUUGUUUACUUAAUACUCAUUUUGACUUUAAGAUAGUUUACUGUUCAUGUUGCCUGUUGUGGAAGUGAUUGUUCCUUAUGUGCAUGGGACUGAAAUUUAUAGUACAUCAGGUGUUGGAGCAGGAGCAUGUUACUUACAGCAACAAGUGUAAGACAUCACAGUAAAUUUGUUUAAUUGUUUAAUAGGAAAAAUGUCUUGCAGUAUUUGUUAAUUUAUAUUAUUUGGCAUGUGCCAAGAUAACUUAAAUGUUCACUACAGUAUUGUAUUCAUGUUGAUAGAUCUGUUGUAAUCCUUUAUGAUUAGUCAAUACGAAUUAUCGAAAAUGUAUGAAAAUGAUCAGUGUAUUUUUAUAAGAUUUUAUAUUAUGUAUUAUAGUAUAGCUUAGCAUCAUGUCGGUGAAACUGUGCCUUGUGAUUGUGAUAUAUUUUAAUGUUGAAAUUGCCAAAGAAACACUAUUUCUAUCUCCUGUGUAUUUUAAAAAGCUCAAAAAACUUUCAACACUGAGUCGCUUGGCAAAAUUUUGAAAACCAGGUGACCAUGACACUAGCUCUAUUUACAUAAUUGUUCCUUUUUUAUUUUCUGUAAAAAGAUUUUGUAUACUAUUACAGACCUUUUUGGUUUGUGAAAAACUGUUGUUUUAAGCAUCUUGGAAGGCAUAGCCACUUAUUUUCAUUAAUGAUGUUGAAACUGUGUACAGUACGUACUUUUCCCAGGUACGAGCAAGUUAUUAUGGUGGAGCUACAUAUAUAUAUUUUUUUCAUCAUUGUAGAAAGAAAAUAUGUUCAGGUUGUUGUUCUGCUUUUUUUCAAAUAUGACAGUUGCAGUGAUUAGAUGGCUGCUGUGACAGAUGACUGGAACAAUCUUUUGAAUCACCUUACUUGGUGGAGCACCUUACUUGGUGGAGAUUUAUCAAUUCCAUUUCGUCCCAAGGACCUUUGCUUAAAACAACUAAGAUUGUGAGCAUGGUGAAGCCGUGAGAAAGAACAGCAGUAAAAUCAGUUUGUUGAUAUACUAUUCAGUUUGUUGAUAUACUAUAUAAGGUAAAAAGAAGGUGAAUAGGUGCAUGGUAAAAGGAGGAAAGAGGGUGAAAUUAGUUUUACUGAAUAGUAAUCAGUAGUGGCUUUUCUUUUGCCUGUUGAGCAAACGAAAUACUUAAGAAUCUAAUGAAUAAGUUAAGGUCACAAGGUUUACAAUAGGGUAGCUAGAAGGAACCAUGUAGCCUAGCAACAAUACCUGAACUUAUGCUAAAUACAAAAAGUAAAAUUAAGAUUAAAAGAUCAAAAUUGUAUCAUUUUUAGGAUCUGGAUGGUAGAACAAAAAUGAUCAUAAUCAUGAACCUUUUUUAAAGAUCACGGAUGAUUGGUAUUUGGAUGUGUAACCACCAUGAAAUUCAUGAGCGCUCCCUGCUCAAGCUCUGAAAGGUCUGUCAAUCCCAUUUCUUCAUGAUUUCAAGGGUCUUCCAGGAGGAUUUCUUCCUGCUAUUUCCAUAGCGACUUGUUUUCAAACCAACUAGUACACCUAAUCACUUGCAAACCAUCUCUGUCUUUUUUCCAGCCUCUUGAAACUGCAUCCCUCCCAAUUUUUUUGUUUGCAAUAUGAUCAUCCCACCGUACUCUGACUAUUAAUCUUAACAUUUUGUUAUAUCUGUUCACAGUCUACUUGACUUGUCAAUGCCUGUAUUUCUGUUGCAUACUACAGAGUACAUGGAUAACAUUCUCUGUGCAUGCUAAUGCUCCAUCAAAACAUCAUGCCAAUGUUAUAUUGGUUAAUUAUUUAACAGUAGUCUUCCGUCAUUAUUGUUACAUAAAAAACCUAAACCAGAGAACCUGAUCUGCUUAAGUAUUUUCUGUUUUAUCACCAAGAGAGAGAUAGAAUGGAAGUUUUUUUAGAAUUAGGUUGCAUGUUUAUUUUUAUGAAAAUAUAAAAUGCCUACAGUACUAGAUACGUAUAUUUUUUUAACAGUACUGAUCAAGUGUAGGGAUGUACAGUUUUCAUCGGAAGACUUCUGAAUGGGGAUGGAGAACUAAGAAGGUCAAGUAGCUCUCUUUUAUUGUUUAGCUACAGGAACAAGCCAAUUUUUGAAUACAUUAUAUUUUGGUGUAAUGUACUUUAAGAAAGUAUUAAAAUGCAAGGAAAAGUACAGUAAUCACCCAAAGUGCAGAAAUGUUAGUUUUAAAAUAGCCAAAACUGAAUCUGUCUUAAGGUAUUGAAAUUGUGUCCAGUUUUGAGAAAGUUUACAGCAAUUUGUUAUAUCUGUGAUUCCUUCCCACCUGUCAGCAAUAUACCAUUUAUACCAUUUUAUAGUUCAGAAUGGGACUAUUUUAAAAUUAAAUAUGGUAUAGUUUUGAUCAUAAAUUUUACAGUAGAACUAGUUCUGAAAAGCUAUUAGUAGUAGCCAUUUUUUGGCAUGAUUUUUAUAAGUAUUUUGAUACAUUUUUGGGGUAUAGAGUAUAAUGGUGCCAUAUGAGUUAUUCUGACUGCAGAAUCUAAAAAUACAGGUUGCAGGGUAUAGAUAAUAACUAUUUUGAUAAAAAAAAAAAUUAGUAUAAAAUAUUAUGUAGAACUGCUUGAGAGUUCCCAUUAAUAUUUUACCAGUAAAGUAUUUGAGAUUAACAAAAAAAGAAAAAAGAAGUUAAAUUUAAUGCCUUCAAAAUUGGUUAAAUGUGUAGAUUUUUAGUCCACUUGUUUGGUUUAAUAAUUAUAAAUCAGUCAAAUUUUGUCACUGUUACUUCAAUAUUUUGAAAAUUCAUCAAAAUGAUGAUCUUAAAAGCAAUGUUGGGGGUUUCAGCCAGCACAAUCAGCCUGUUCCUUGGAUAAGCAUUUUAACUUUGACCGUUCCACAGAAAGCCAAGCGAGGUCCAGAUAAGUAAUUGCCCUAAAUAACUGACCCGUCUCAAAUACAAUAUUUUGAACUUGAUCUUAUUCCUAAUAAAGUGCUGGCUAGUUUCCCAAAGUUGAUAUACUAUAUGCACAUGCAAACAUUUACUACAAAUUAUGAAAGGUGAAGGUGUAUGUUGUAUUUUUUGGGAGGCAAUAAUUUGGUAACAUGCAAGUAUUUGUACCUCUGGGAUUCAGAUUUUUGGGCUUACAUUAGUAGUUUUAUUACUGUAGCACCCCAAUGUGACAGACGCUUUUGGUUUCAGGCCAUCUGAUAAGCAACAAAGCAAGUAACAGAGACCUUAUAUUAAAGCCUGCACAUGGAUAUGUUCUAGAUGUCUUACAGCUAUCAGUAAUUCCACAGUUUAUAAUCUAAACUAGAAAACUUUAGUUUAAAAUUCAAUUUGAGAUUUAUUUUAAAAUCUAUGUCAAUGAAAAUGGUAACCAAGCCAAUAAUAAUAAUAAUAAUAAUAAUAUAAUUGAUAAA